AUGUUCAAGGCCCUCAUGGGCGGGGGCCGGUCGGCAUCCAGCUCGGAUGCCCGCAGCACCACCAGCUCCGGCAACAAGCUCGUUCGUCGCAAGACCGAUUCCAAGUCAACAUCGAGCCGCAAAUCCUCACGGGGUGACGACCGUGAUCGCGGCUUGGGCGACUUGUCGGCCUAUCCUGUUUCUUCAUCAGGCUCGCGGCGCGGCCCAGCCAGUGUCGCCGGCGAGUCUGUCACAUCAUCCUACAUAACCGCCGAGCCCGAAGUGAUCGAUUAUCCCGAUCGAACGGCCUCUGACCGUGGCGCCAAACGGAGAGAUAGCAAUCGCGAGAGCAUGAGCACCCGCCGCCGAGAUCGCGAUCGUUCCGAAAGUCGGGAUCGUGAGAGAAGGCGCUCCAGUCGCCGCGAUGAGGACUAUGUGCACGAAGAUGAGCUGUUCAGAGAGCGUCGCCGUGAGUAUCGCGAUCGUGAAUACCACGAUCGGAGUCGCACGUACUCGGGGGAUCACUAUGUCCCACACACUUCGGCAGCCAUGCCGUCCAGUGCUCCAGGUGCCCAAUUCCCUGUUGACACGGCGGCACAACAAUAUCCCUCGCAAUAUGGCAACACCGUUCAAUCUCCUGUCGCAAUUUCUGCGGGUCAUCCUUUAGACCAUGCUUCGUCGCCCUCGUAUGACCCGCACGUGCAACAGCAGUUCCCUGGUCAGUUUCCGUCCGGAACCGCCCAACCUUAUUACCCGCCCAACAAUCCAGCAGGGGCUGCUGCCGACUAUUACGGCGACCAAGGACAGUCGGUGAAUGAUCAGCCGGGCGUUCGGCCGCAACAGCCUGCUAUCAUUCCAAAUAGCCAAGCUCACUUGAUGACUGCCUCCCCAUCAGCUAAUCCGCCACCGGAACCCAGCAGUUUGGGCCAGGUUGGUGCCGCCGCCGCAUAUUUUACCGAUGACGUCCCACACAGCACCUCGCAGAUCGAUCCACCGGCCAGUUCAUCAUCGAAACCUCCCAAGCUUAGCCAGUCGUCCCGACCAUCCAAGCCGUCAAGACCUUUUUCUUCAGGUGCGAUCCCCCCGGCUACUGCAACUGGGGCCGUGGGUUAUGGCAUAGGUGAAUACGAGGAGUCACAGGCAGCUGCAGCUUACCAGCACGAAUCGUCCUCAUCAACCGCUUAUCAUCACUCGCACCCAUUCACUCAACAAGGCGAACCAACGUCGACGAAGCCUCCUCAUUCUCAUGGUGUCGGAGCCGGCAUUGGUAUGGCUGCCGCAGGUGCAGCAGCGGGGUACAUGAUCGGCCACCACCAUGACUCUUCCAGCCCAAUGCAUUCUCCACAAUAUCCCCAUCAACACCCUCAGCAUGGUGCGCAGUACGGAAUUUCUCACAAUCAUGCCAUGAUGUCGGGCGGUGCCGGCGCAGUCCAAUCAUAUCAACCGUUUGUUGCCCAGAGCCCAGGCUUCUAUCCGCCCAGCACGCUAGCGAUGCAGCACCGACACAAGGAUCCACUGACAAAGUUUGUUGACUUUUGGCGGGAUCCGGAAGGUGUUGGUCGGUUCGAGGACUACACAGAAACUAUCGGCGUGUGCAAGUACUGCUUUGAGCCUGGAACUAGCUCUAUGAAUGCGCCUCGCAGGCACAAUUAUCGGCCGCGUCGCCACUCCGCCGAUCGUUACAGCAGCGGUAGCUCGUCCCGGAUCAACAAGCUUGAACGUUAUCAAUCAUCCGACGACGAAAGAAAUGGCCGACGACGCUCUUCGAAGAAAUCCUCCUCAUGGCUCCCCGGCAUGCUCGCUGGAUACGCAGCAAAGUCCAUUUUCACUGGCAAAGAUUUCGAUGACUCUUACAGUGUUCGGUCCGGCCAUACAUCGAGAUAUCGCGAGUCUAGGCACCAUCGCGAAGAAGAUCGAAGGAGCUACACUUCUCAUGGUGUAGCUCGUCGUUCUGAUCGUUCGUCUUCUGGAGAGCGUUACUCCAAUGGUAAGCACAAACGUCGUGCCAAUUCGCAUUCACGGUCCCGUUCAAGAUCACACUCGAGGUCGUCGUCUCGCUCAGGUCACCGCUCCUAUGUCAAAGAAGCCGCCCUUGGCGCAGCUGUGAGCGACGCCGCCUUGGCACUUGCGAAGAAGCACCGAGAUCGCAGCCGCUCUCCCGACCGAAAUCAGCGUCGCAAAGAAUCGUCAUCGAGCACAUCUUUUGUGGAUGUUUCUCGGUCCUCUCCCAAGUCUACCGGGGGGUUCACUUCCUUUUUCACCUCCACAUCUGAGAACCGCAAGAAGUUGAAACAGAAGCGAAAGUCCAAGAAAGCCAAGAGUUUCUUUUCAUUUAAUGGUUCUUCUUCCUCCUCCUCCCUUGACGCUGAUUUAGCGUUUGGGACCGGAUUUGCUAAGAAGCCAGGUAAGCUGCAGAAGAAAAAAGCCAAGAAGAAUGAGGAUAUUGACGCCGCUCUCUUGGGGUUGGGAGCCACUGCCACUGCUCUUGCUGCCUCAUCUCAUCAUCGAAGUGGUCGGAAUGCAGGCCAAAUCAUGAGUGCCCGAGACAGUCGCACGUCUCGAUACAGUUCAGGGGCCAAGGAUGACGACGAGUGGAUUGACGCUGAGUCCGACGAGCAGUCCUCUUCAAGUGUCAGCUCCGCUUUGGCAUUCGGGGCCAGCAGCAGCUCAUCCUCGUCUGAUUCGAACUCCAGUGGUGGUUGGAAAUGGGGUUGGCGCAGCAAGAAGAACAAGAAGAAGAGCAAAGACAAGAAGUCGUCAACGAAUGAUGCGCUCCUUGCGGCUGGAGCUGGGGCACUGGGUGGGGCUGCGAUUGCUUCCAUGGCUCGCCGCCAGGAUAGCCGCCCCCCCAGCGAGCAGAGCCUUCAACAGGUCUAUCCAGUGCCCACAUCUGACCCCACGAGGUUCGAUGUUGCCAGAAUUACGCCCUCUGUUGCAUCAGGCAAUCAGCCUCCGUUGGUUCGCCCGGGCCCUAUUCCACUUCAACAACCUCAGCCAUACACACCUGUUUCCCAAGCCGUCUACUCGUCUCAGGGCGCAUAUCCUGGGUCUAUUCCGGCCUAUAGCUUAGACAAUGUCCCGCCAAUUUUCGCAAACGACUACAUGCAGUACCAUGGACAUUCACAGAGCCUGCGAGAUUUCAACUACGCUCGUGAUCAGGCCCGUGACAACGUGAGCGUCAGUCAGCGCAGUCGGCCUCAUAGGAGUGACUCUUCACCGGUCUUCCCUACGGCAGAAAUUUCCGCGGUCGCCCCGAAACGUCGAGCCACCACCCGAGACCAAGCCUCCGUGUCAUUCGACCUGACUGAAGAGCAAGCUGAGCGUGAACGCCGUCUUGAUCGCCGGGACCGAGAACCACAAGAGGAGUUCCGCCAUGAGCCUGUUCAGCUUAUCGAUCGUGAAGCCGAGCUGGCUCGUAAGGGUGCCGAACGAGACGAACGUCGCGAGCGAGAAGAGCGUCGUGAACGGGAAGAGCGCCGUGAACGAGAAGAACGCCGUGAACACCGUGAACGCCGCGAUCUCGACGAGGAACACAGGCGUCAGGAUAGCCGCGAUAAAGAAAUUGACUCGGCUUCCUGGGCCGAAGCCGCCGCGAUGGGAGCCAUUGGUGGGGCUAUUAUUGGCUCUCUGAAAUCCUCUCGCAAGCGACAUGAUGAUGAUUACUCUGAAACAAGCUCACGACACCAAGACCGCCGGGCUGAGCGUCGUGCUGAAAGGCGUGGUGACUCCUCCGUCAUUUCUAGGUCUGAUUUCUCCCAGCCGUACUACGGUUCUCGAUCAGAUGAAUUACCGGAAUCCAAGUCAUCGGACUACAAGUAUCGCACAGAAUCAUCUUCUACGCGACCCAUCCAUGCAAAGCCAGUCUAUGAUGAUUAUGCCGACUUCUUCGCCCCGGAAGAGAUUCGUCACAGCAAGGAUUCAAGCCGACACGACCGCAAACAUGACGCCCCUCAGCCGCGUGUCAUUGAAGUUGUGCCUUCUAGUGAGCGCGAGAAGAACAACGACGAACCUCGCAGUGACUUACCGCAGUUUGCCCAAGAGCCAUUCGAAGGACGCAGUGAUCUCCCUUGGCCCGUUCCUCAACUAAAUAUUAUCGAUCCUACCCCGCCACAUAGUACCAACGGCUCGAUCCGCGGAAGCAAUUCACCAGUCAGUCUUGUUGAGCCGAGCGCCGAGGUGGCCGAACAUACCGAGGACAAGUAUCGAGAUCACGAUAAGCGACAACUAGAGCAAGUGGCUCCCUCAGAACGACGAAAUGACUAUCAUGAUUACAAUGAAUCCGGAGAGCCCAGGCAAAAGCGUGACCGAUCCUCGACUGGGUCGCGAGUCUCGUGGGGCCCUCAUCAAACACAUGAAUAUGAGAUUCCAUCGUCUUCCGAACACGAUCCUCACUCACCAAUUGAAGAAGUUACUCGCAAUAUUUCCGUGGCGGAGCCACAGUCACAACAGCCAUCCAGUGCUCGUGACAGGCAUGAUUUUGGUGACGACAUAGAGUUUGCAGCUAUUGCCGCUGCCGGCGCCCAAGCCGCUGGGUUUGAUCCCUCCGUUGUGAUUAAUGACCCAACAUACCACACUCGCACUUCGCCUCCUGGGUCUGAAGACGAGGGCGUUUAUUCACUCCGGUCACCAUGGACUUCUUCGAUACAACCAGAUCGUUCACGCGAGUCUGUGAAGGGUAAUGAUGACGAUCAAGUGCGCAGCAAAUCUAAGGAUAGACAACCGUCAGUUGAAGAGGUCCGCGAGGAUGAGGAGCCCCGCUUAAAGGAAGCAUUCAAAUUCGCGGAUCAAGAAAGGCCGAUUCCCGGACGACCUGAAGCUGACUUUAUGUCUCGCGAAGCGACCGAGCAACCGAACGGGAAGGUUUCGCGAGCCGAGUCGCCUGAAAACGACGUGUUCUCAAUGCCUGGCAGUUUCGACGAUGGGGAUAUCUCUCGAAAUCUGCCUAAACAGGACCUGCGAUCUGUGGUGUCUGCACCCAUGGAGCGUGAAAAUACGAGACCCAAGUCAAAGAAAUCAUCUCGCUCCAGCCUGGAUUUUGAAAAAUCUCGUGAGAUUUCCUCGCGUGAGCGAGAGACGGUCCUUCCGCUCGACAUCCUUGAUCACCAGAUGAAUGAUCGGACAAAAGUUGACCAAGAUCCCCUUGUUUCUCGUGACGAUGAGUACCUCGUCAUGAAAAACGGCGAUGGUCAGUCAAGAGAAGACGAAAAUGAGUAUUUGAACCAUGGAGCACCCUCUCCCGCACGACGCGAUGAUCUUGAUGAAGCCUCGCAGCACAGACACAGCGAUCACCCAUCCCGUGACAAAAAUCUGGAUGAAGCUGCCUCCAUCAUUUCUUCACCCGCUACUACUCCCUAUGCCGAAGAUGGUGAGAAGUCGGAGCGUCGGCGUCGUCGCUCCAAGCGUGAGAGUGAUGCAUUCUCUGUCGAUGAUGAUGCGAGAUCUGCUGUGACUUUGCCUGAUGAUGGUGAGAAAUCGGAGCGUCGAAAACACCGACAUCGGUCUUCCCGCGAUCAUGGCGAUGAGGAGGCUUCCGUUGUAUCGUCUCCUGCCGCUAUUUCAUACGAAGAUGACGAGAAAUCUGAGCGGCGCAGGCGACGAUCCAAGCGUGAAAGCGAUUCAUUCUCCGUAGAUGACGAUGCCCGCUCGGCAAUCACCUCCGUCGAUGAUCCAGAGAAGUCGGAGCGCCGCAAACAUCGCCACCGCUCAUCGCGAGACAAAGACUUUGACGACAAUGCGUCGGUGAGCUCAUCUCCGGCCCGAAUCGACGAGGCCCGUGAAAAGCGCCGCAGCAAGGAUGGUAAGGACGAGAGAGACAAGGACAAGAGCGGUAGUUUCCUGCGGAGCAUCUUUGGCUCUCGCGUAUCUGCCCCUGAAGGACGCACUCGGUCCAACCAAUCGUCCCGAUCUUCCUCUCUAGAGAAGAAGCCGUCUCGUGAUGCCGUAUCCGAAACAGGUCUUGAUGAUGAUGAGAGACGCCGCCGUAAGAAGCGUUCUUCUCGACACAGCAGCUCGAGCCGGGGCGAUCAAUUCAAUGAUGGUGCCUCCGACAAGGAAGGCAGUACCCAAGGUGGCACGAAUUUGGAGGAUUACAGGUCGCGCAGACAAGAGAAGGAGGACCGACGUCGACAAAAAUACGAGGACAUUGUCGAGUCUGGCAAGCGUCGAGACUCUGCUAAGGACGAAGAACAUUCGAAAAAUAAGCAUGACGACCAGGAGCAAUCUUAUUUAGUCGAGCGCCCCGAAAUCCCCCCCGAGGCACAGAGCGAUGAGCACGGUGCUUCGGGAGUUAGCACUGCCAUUGGUAGUGCCGUGGCUGCUACUGCUGGAAUGAUUCUGGCGGACAAACUCCUUCAUCAGCGCCCUAGAAGUCGUUCGACGUCGCCUCCUGUCGCGGAGCGUGCCAUCGAUAUGGCACCGAAGUCUCAGAGUAGACCAUCAUCGCCGCGUAUGAUCGAUAAUCUAGAUCAAUCACUCGCCCAGCGUCGCUCAUCUAUGGCCCGCUCAGUCGCAGAAUCACCAACUGCUGUACCUUUGCAUUUUCGACGACCGCCAACAUCGCCAGGCUUGUCUCGUGCUGUACCAGUUCCUCCUUCCGCCACUGGAAGUGACUCUCCAACAUCUACCUCUCCAACCCAGACCCGACACCGCCGGCCAAAUUCUGUGGAGUUCAGAUCGCGCGAGAUUCGACCUCUAUGGCUCGUUGAGCGCCACGGUUCCUCAAAGGGCGAUCUAGUCGAGCCAGACCAGGUUUUGCCGUCUCUUCCUUCCAGCAAGAGCUCAUCUCGAUCUCCCUCCUUCGACAACCUCCAAUCUUUGCAGAAUGAUGAUGGCAUGUAUAGCUGGGAACCUCAAGAUACAACCCCAUCUAUGAUGCAGGGUCGUAGACCGAGCCUGACGAUAUCGACUUCCCGCGCCAAUGACCAUGAAGACGGGGACUUGCUAGAUUCGCAGCAAGCUACCCCAACCGCAGGUGAUUUUGGCACAUCUCCUGGUACUAAGAAGAGCAAACCCCCGUAUGAAUUUCACUCGCCCUCUGAGCUUCUUCAAAAUCCAGAAAUGUUUCCCGAGGUGCCUGGAUCGCCUGACUUGAUGACUCUACCUUCCACUGAGGGUUCAGUUGUGGGAGUUAGAGAUCUGAAUGGAGCAAGAGCUGCAACCGAAGCAUCCAAGCCUUUUGAUACUGGGAAUGUCGAUCAGCGUCUUGAAUGUUCGGGUGCCGUCGAUGCUACUGCAAUCGCUGCCACUGACGAUCAUGACAACCAAACUACCUCCUUGACGCCAGACGCAGACGAUGAACAGUGGCAGACCCCCGAAGACGAGUUUCCCCCAGAGCAGGACGCCGAAAGAUCAUCUAGCGCGGCUCACAACAUCGGUGAGUUUGCUACUAUUGUGAGUGCCGCCGUUGCAGCAGAGGCGGCUACGAGACGGGAAAGCGAGGGGAGCGUUGGUGAGCCUGGCACCGCAGUCGAGAACUCUACACCCAAUGAUCUUGGAAUCGGUUCAACCUUCAAAUCCAAAACCACCGAUGUCCAGCCUGAAUCUCGUGAUGGUCUACCUAGUGAGGCUGCAAAGGAAAAUACACGGUCCAUUGAGACUUCAGCAACUUUUGAACCUGUGACAGAGGAGCCUCCUAGCCAGCCCAUUGAGCCUUCUGCAACCGCUGAACCAGUGACAGAGAAGCCUCCUAGCCAGCCCAUUGAGGUCUCGGGGACUACCGACGAAGUCGCUGAGGAGCCUUCAACUGCCUCAGUCUCCAAGAAGAAAAAGAAGAAGAAGAACAAGAAGAGCCAGUCUUCUGCUGAAUUGUCUUCCGAAACUGCAGGCGAACCGGAGCAACAAUCGCAAGCCGAAGCCGUGGCUUCCACACCGGUCGCCACCGAGGCACCUGACAUGGAUCUUAGCCUUACAGAAGCUAAUGUCGUUUCAGUUUCUGAAAAACAUGAGACAUCUCCAUCUGCGCCUAGUGAGACAUCUCAUAUUGCGCGGAAGCUUGAUCCAAGCCUACAAGGGGCAGUUGCAGAUCCAGUAAACCCGCAGGUUGCCGAAGAUCAGCAUGUCCUGGCCAAUGGAGAAGGCGAAGAGCCCGUACCAGAAUUAGAACAGGUUGAGAAAGAAGAGACUGCUCUCGACCAUACUCCCGUCGAGUCCACAGUCGCAGCAGGGCAAGUGGUGAUUCAAACGGGGGUAGUCGAAUCUCAGCCUGCAACUGAGCCUGAGGUUGAAAGAAGCGAUGUCUUGACUUCAACAGAUCCAGUCAAGUCCUCAGACCAAGAAACUGAGUUACUUGCAGCCACAUCAGAGUUUAAUCAGCCGAUUCCACCUCAAAACGCUACAGAUGUUAUUGAAGACGUGCUGAAAGACACCGAAGCAGCCCCAGCUGAUUCUGCUUUCGAGAAAGAGAUCGAUCAGAUCGAGACGUCUGAGCCCCCUCAGCAGAACAACGAUACAGAGCCAAUUAUCACUGCGGAUUUGACUGAGACUGAGAAGGUUCAGCAACAGAAAGAUACAGCAGAGCACGGCGCAGACGAAGGAUUGAUUGAGCCUGUAUCUGUCAUCGAAGAUGCAACGGCCCCUGCGGGAGAAUCUGCGGACAAGACAAUUCCAGAGGCUACAUCGGAACUAGAUUAUGAGACUGAGAAGCCCCAGGAUUUCCAUCCAGAUGUCUCUAUUGGUACUGCACCUGACCACGGAACGCCAGAGGAUACAGACGUGAUUCCGGCCCCCGAAAUUCCCCUGACCGCUGCGCAAAAAAAGAAAGCAAAGAAAGAUAAAAAGAAGCGCAAGUCUGUCACUUUUGAGGAGAACACUCCUUCUCCCAUUCCAGAGACAUUGUCAGAGCCUGGGAAUGGAGGGGAGGUUACCUCAUUGCCUAAUGAUCGAAGCCCAGCAGAUACCGCCGCAGAUGUGAAGCUUACUCAGAGCGACGAGCAGACUCGCCCUGAGAACACAGUGGAGGAUCAGUCGUCCACUGCUGCCAACGAGGAGCAGCAAUCUCUGGCCACUAUCCUUGACGUCACAAAAGAAGAAAGCGUCCUGGUCAGCGAUGAGUCCGUCACUCCACUACAGGUUGAACCAGCCGAAGCUGGUACCAAUAACAAGGAACUUGCGUUGGAAUCUACCGAUAUCACAGAGCCUUCUGCACGUACUUCUGAUCAACCUGCUCCUGAAAUUUCACUGGAGACAGACAAUGCGGUCGUGACCGAGCCUGAAGCAGACGUCCAGCUUACUUCAGCGCAGAAGAAAAAGGCUAAAAAGGACAAGAAAAAGAAGCAGAAGCAAACUGGAGCUCUCGCAGAUGACGAAGAAAAGCCUGCUGGGUCUGUGGAUACUCCUCAGCCAGAAAAUGUUCAGGAGGAAUCAACUGCUCCUACUGCUGAUGAGGCAAAUGACAUCCUGAAGCCUGAAGUUGGGGCUGCAAUCGAAGAGCCAGUCACGGUUGAGAUUGUCUCAGCUCUCGAGCCACAGCCUGAGGUCACUGAGAGAGCUAGUAACGAGACAGACCCAGUCACCGAGUCUGCUGGAACCCCAGAGGCUGGACGGCCUAUAGAUACUACAGAGUCCGCCUUACACGUCGCCGAUCAGUCUCUUGCUCAGGAUGUUGAGAAUCCUGCAGAUCAGUCAACACCAGAGCUUGAGGCUGACGCUCAGCUCUCUUCGGCUCAAAAGAAAAAGGCGAAGAAGGACAAGAAAAAGAAGCAAAAGCAGGCUGCAGCUUCUUUGGGCGAGGAAGUGAAGCCUGUCGAAAGCACUGAGCUCCAGCCAAAAAACUUUGUGGAAGGCAAAUCAUCUCCCGCUCUUGAAGAACCAAGAGAUGUUUCUGAACUUGGGUUUGAAGCGGAAAAUCAGGAUGUUUUCCCCGUCACUGAGGGAACAGCACUUGAGCCACCGACUGAGGUGUCUGAAGGGGUCAAUAAAGACGGAGAACAAGCGGUUGAAUCUGCUAGAGCUCCAGAGGGUACCCAGCCUACAGCGCCUGCAGAGCCUACAGAGCCUGCAGAGCCUGCAGAGCCUACAGAGCCUACAGAGCCUACAGAGCCUACAGAGCCUACAGAGCCUACAGAGCCUACAGAGCCCAUGGAGUCCACCGCCACUGCGGCUGACCCGGCUCCUGUCCCGGAUGCGCAGGUAGGGGAGGUCGAAGCCGAGGCUGAAGCUCAGCUUACUGCGGCUCAAAAGAAGAAGGCAAAGAAGGACAAGAAAAAGAAGCAAAAGCAAAGCAUGACGUCUGUGGAGGAUGAGGAAAAAUCUCUCCAUCUAGAAAAAGCGGAUCCGCAACCUGGUGACACGACCGAUGCUAUGUCUGCACCCUCCGAGAUAGUAGAGUCUCCAAAGGAGGAAGCUCAAUCUGCCGAAAUAAUAGCCUCAGCUGAACCAACUGCGCCAACCGAGCCCUCCACAAUUCAGGUUGAAUCUCGACCAGAGGAUAUUGUUGAGGAUGUUGGGGGAACUUCUUCCGUCAUCAAGGAAACUGUAAACGAUGAAAUUCUCGCCGAAGACCAGCGUCCCAAUCCUGAAAUGAAUAGUCUGCCAGCAGAGGAUACCUCUGAUCAGCCCCCAGUGCUGCAAGCUGGGCCAGCAGACUCUUCUGAAGGACUGGAGACUGCACCCACUGUUGAUGAGAUUCCCAUGACGGCCGCCGAAAAAAAGAAGGCUAAGAAGGCAAAGAAGAAACAGCAGCAGCAGCAGCAAGAAGAAAGCAAGGAAAUUCAAGAAGCGACAGCCACGGAGGCGCCUUCUAUUCCAGAUGCCAAGACCCUUCAGAUCAGCCAAGAGCCCCUUCAAGAGCAGGAAUCGAUCACAAGCGACCCUACUGUUCUUCCUGAGGAGUUUCAGCUUUCCCAAUUUGGUAAAGAUGAGAUUCCCACCGAAACUCUCGUAAAUGAUCCUCAGCAUGCCACUCAAGAUGACAUACCAGCAGAAAUCGAGGUCGCUCUCAGCGAGGAAGCGCCUGUUUCGAACGAAUCCACCAUCCCAGCCGAGACCGAGAAGGAACAGGAUUAUGAUGAUCCCGAGAAAGACGGGGAUGCUUCCUUAGACCAAGGUCCCCCAACUGAAGCCCCAAAUCCCCCAGCAAUUCUCGCCGAAGAACCUUCGGUUGACGCGGAGGUCCCUUUGACUGCCGCACAGAAGAAGAAGGCGAAGAAAGAAAAAAAGAAGCAACAGAAGCGACAAUCUACGCCAAUGGAUGAGCAAUCCUCCGCGGAGGCCGAUGCUCCUUCUCAUGAUCAGAAAGAGGAAACGGUAGAAACAGCCGCAAUUUCGGAGAUUAGCCCUCCUACCGAGAAUCUGGUUAGUGCGGUCGACGCUGCAACAGACGUAGAAACUGUCCAAGAAGAGCGUGAGCUGGAUUCCAGGGAGCCUCGGACUUCCUUUGGAACUCAGAAUGAAGAAGAUCAAGGUUCUUGGGCCGAAACCCCUGCGAUCGCCGAGCCGAAAGUUGAGCCACGCGCUGAAUCAUCCGAUACUCCCGCUGCAGACGCUCAAGCCGAGAGUGCUGAACUUGCCAAUUCCAUCGAGCCUGUCGCGAAUCCUAAUCUCGACUCCUCGGAGGCACUGAAAACAGAGUCCAUGGAGGAAUCGAACACUGUGGCUGAAUGGGUCCAACCGCCGUCCGGUGUGGGCUCUCGAAAUGACGACGCCGCUCCAGCGGAAGUGUCAGAACGUCAACCACUUGACGAGGAAAUUCAAGAUCAAUCCGAUACAGCUGAAACAGUUGAUGUUCUCACAAAGAAGGAUAAGAAGAAGAAAAAGAAGAAGAACAAGUCUUCUUCUGUCGACGAGGACUCGCAGGCCCAGCCCAAUGCCAAGGAAGAGGAGGCUGGACAAGCUGAGCCUUUGGAUGCUGCUUCCAGUCAGGCCAUUGAAUUGACCUCGUCCGAUGAUGUUUCAAGCGCUGUCCCUGAAGACCCAGCUGAUCCCGUCGAGGCAGCUGCACCCUCAAUCCCAGAACAUCUGGAAACCGCGGCCAAGCAAGAACUUGAGCAGACAGAGGCUGUCAACCAGCCUGCGGCGAGUGAGCAAGAACCCACUGAAGAAAUGGCUGCCAAAGAUACCACGCUCGAAAACCAAGAAGCUGACGUUACGGGAGAAACCAACCAAGCGGCUGAGGAGGAAGCGCCAAUGACCGCUGCUCAAAAGCGAAAGGCUAAGAAGGAUAAAAAGAAACGCAAGUCUGUUGCGUUCGACCAAGAAGCUGGCGGUGAUCAAUCAGAGCCCCAGUCCGAGAAAGAACAGGACCCGAGUGGUGCAUUGGGCGACCUGCAGACUAAUUCUACAACCCAAGCCUCUGUCGACCAAGCAUCCAACGACACUGAGCAGAGUCCGGAGGAUGUCAGGGCUAAUCAUGCUCCAGAUUCAAAGGCCUCGGACAUCCCUUCUGUCGAGUCUUUCACUCAGCCAGCUCUUUUGAAAGUGGUGGAGGAAGCAGUAGCUGCUCAAGCUCGGAAAGAUGAUAAAGAAGCGGAAGCUCCAGCGGAAGCUCCAGCGGAAGCUCCAGCGGAAGAGCCAGUCAUCACUGAUGCGGAUCACUCCAAAGAUGACCAACUAAUUGACGCUACGCCGGACGCGCAAAUCCUGAAUGCCGCGAGCAAUGACGCCGUCGAGGAGUCGCUUGCUCGAAAGGAUGAUGUGGCUGAGUCUACUGGCGAUGAUGGUUUAUCAGCCAAGGAACGUCGGAAGUUGAAAAAAAAGGAGAAAAAAAAAUCCAAGUCAGUAGACUUAGCAGAGGAGCUGUCCUCUCCAGCGGCGCAGAGUCAAGAAACGGAAGCCCUAGCACAACCCGAGGCGAUUCCGGCUGAGCAGCCCGCAGAUGCCGAAUCAUUCAUCAAGGAUUCAGAUGUUAAGGAAGAGACUGUUGAGGACGGCGGACAAGACGUUUCCCAAGAACCGGUCCAGGUUUCCGAGUCCCAGACAUCUGACCAAUUAAAGCAGCUGCUAGUGGAUGAAGGCGUUGAGCCUGAAGCCACAACUGAACCAGCACUAGCAACUGUUCCCAGCACAAACAUCGAGACCUCCCCGAUCGAGAAACCCUCCAAUAGCGAGCAACUCGGGCAGCCCGAUCAAGCGACAGAGCAGACCACAGAGGAGCCUCCAUUGACCGCCAAGGAGAAGCGAAAGCUGAAGAAAAAAGAAAAGAAACGACAGUCAAAAGCUCUGGACGGCGAAGGAGACAUGCCUCUCAGUCCGGUAACAGAAGGUCAAGAUGGGACCGAAAAAUCAUCACGGGGGGUCUCCGACACCGUGACGGCAAGCUCGCCUGCGGAGAAUGACGGUAAAGAACUUCAGUCCCACGACAAGGAAGCGCCCGUGACGCCGGAAAAUAAUUUAGCUUCGACUGAUGAGUUCUUGUCUUCGCAGGUAGAGCAGCCGCAGCUAGAGAUUGACUCGUUGAGUGAGGCUUUCCAGCUAGUGACCGAGCGGGGCGGUGGCACAGACGAGCCGAUAUAUGAUGUGCAGGCAGCCGAAAGUACCCUCCCAGCUACCCAGCAGCCGGAUGCAGAUCAGACUGAGGACGUCAGUGAGUUGAGGGAGCCUCAAAUUUCAUCGAAUGAAGGCGAUGGCUCAACUUUGCAAAAUGCCGCAUCGGAGGAGGAAAUGCCCCGCGAAGAUAUUGUUCAUGGAUCAACGGAGCUCGUCCCACCAGUUGAAGAAGAUUCGGCAGGCGAGAUACAUAUCACCGAUUCAAAAAGAGCAGAAAAUGUUGAGGACUCGGCCCUUUCCAAGGAGCAGAUCGAUGACGACAAGGUACAAGAGCCAGUCGAAGAAGCGACGGCCGUCCUAAUGCCAUCAACCGAUGAAGAACAACCAGAACCCUUUAACACUCCGAGCGAAGACACGGGCCCUCAGUCAGAUAUCGGGUCGACUUUCGCCUCGGGGCCAGGUCUAGAAAUUUCCUCUCACAAAACCUCAACUCCAUCGACUGGAAAAGAGGGCACUAAAAUCGAUAACCCUGAGCUGCAAGACGCGGGGGCUCAAGGCCAAGAUGGGAAGCCAUCAGGAUCGAACCCAGUUCCUGAGCCUGAACCCGAGGUCGAGCCAGCAGAAGAGCCCUCCAAGUCUGUGAAACUGAGCAAAAAAGAGAGGAAGAAGCAGAAGCAACGUCAGAUGUUACUUGCCGAGCAAAAGGACUCUGAGGAUCCGAUCUCACUUCCACAGCAAGAAAGCGUCAAGUCAGUGGAGAGGGGCGGAUUGAUUCCUACCCCCAGUACUCAAGAAUCUGACGCAAGCGCCCAAUAUGACGACGCUCCCCACGACCCGUCAAGUAAUACUUUCAUGCAGUUUUUGAUUCCGGAUGCGCAGAUCACACAAACAGGGCUUCCUACCGACGAUGAAGCGCAGCCCGAGGUUUCAAACGCCGACGUCGCGACUCCGCAUAUACUACAAAACGAGUCAGAAAAUCUCGACUUGAAAGACUCGAAUUUCGGCCUCAUCCCUUCCAUCACGGAAGCAAGUGAACAGGCCUUUCCAUCUCCGCCAGUGGCUGAGGUGCCUCUCGCAUCGAAUGAUCAGCUAGCUGGAGAACAGCCUCCUUUGAGUAAGAAGAAGUUGAGCAAGAAAGAGAAGAGGAAAGCUGCAGCCGCAGCCGCGGCUCUCGAAGCCGAGGAAACGAGAGCUGCAGAGCUCCAACCCGAUUUCGCCCAACAUCCAAUUUCUGAGAUCGAUAUCUCCAACGUGAUUCCUGAUCGAGUCGAAGGAACAGACAUCACUCAGCCAGAGGCAGACCACAUGACCGGCAAUCGACUGCACUAUUCUCAAAUAGACGUGGACACGGUUACCCAGAGGGCAAUUCCUAUGAUUGACUCUACAACGCCAACGGAUUUUCAGGGAGAAAUCUGCGAGCCUACCAGGGAAGUCGUGCAUCAGCGGGCAGAACUCGAAGGACUGGAUGUUACCGAGCAAACUCCUGAAGAGGGAAGGGCUCAUGUGAUGUGGUUUCAAGCACCCGAAAUCAAUGAACGGAAGGUUGAAGGUCUCGUCUCCGAGUCACCGGCGGUUGAAGAGCCAGCAGAUGAGGAUAUGCUAGCCAGACAAUUCACGACUGAGACACCAGUAGUCACAGAGCUGGGUACCGAGGGGUCAUUCGCCGAAGAACCUAAAGUCGAAGAGUCGGCGGUUGAAGACCAUGAUCCCGAGGUCAUUGAGGACACGGCUGAGGAGCCGAAGCACGAGGUCGAGGAAUCAAUGGUUGCCGAACCGACGACGCAGGAGCAGCAGGUUGAAACUUCUUCAAUCGAGGGGUCUCAACCAACCGAACCAGUCACGGCGCAGUCAAAAGUCGAAAAAGUGGAAGCUAGCGAAUCAGCAGUCCGGGAUUCGAAGCCAGAGAUCGGUGAUCUGAUUUUUGAGGGCCCAGUUCAUCAGGAGCCUCGUGUCAAGAAUCAGAUGCAUGCAGAAUCAGCGCUUGAGGCCCCGCGAGCCGAGGAACCUGUGACUGAGCAGUCUGUUGCAGAGGUUCCAGUCAACCGGAAGCUCUCUAAGAAAGAGAAACGCUGGCUCAAGAAACAAGUUGAGUCGGAUGUAAUCGUCGACCCUCACCAGUCGAUCGAGGCUUCCACGGAUCUCACGGCAGCGGCCAUUCCGGAAGCUACAUCUGCCCAACCACGGUCAAAGGAGUCUCCUGGCAGCCCUACACCUGGCUUUCCAGAGGAGCCCUUGGCUUCAGAGGUUACAGAAUCCGCGCGACCAACUACAGGGCUCCAGGCUGACCCUAAUGCUCCGGUUGGUGAUGAACAUAUUGAGACUCGGGUUGGGGCCGUUGCCAUUGCUUCUUCGGAACAGGCUUCUGCCGGUCUGCCAAUCGAAGAACAAGAUACAGCUAAGAAUUCUGACCCAGCAACAGUGUCCAACACUGUCAAUGACUGUUCGGUGGAUAAGCCUGGCGAGACAGAACAAGAAGGCCUUCUCCCUCGCAAGAUGUCCAAGAAAGAAAAGCGCAAAGCCAAGAAGAACGCCUCUACAGAGUCAGAAGCCCCGGAACCUGAGAACGUAGAUUCUUCUCGUCCAAGCGCAGUGGCUAUUUUGCCCGAAGAAAUUGACGCUGAACAGCCAGCAUCUCUGGACAAGCAUGUUCGCGAUUUGCCAACCGAGUCGGCGUUACCAACAGGUCCAACGCACGAGCGAGAUUCAACACGAGACGUUGAGCCUGAGCAUGAACUUUCCGCUGAAAUUUCAGAAGGACAGCAUCCCGCUUCCGAGCAGCAACGCGAGAUUGCAAGCGGCCAAAUUCUUGUCGACGAGCAAAAGGUUGAAAAGGUUGAUCCCGAGCCGGAAUCAUCCUUGCCGCGGAAAGCUUCAAAGAAAAAGGCCAAAAAGGCCAAGCAAGCGAGCAAGGAUGUGAACGCUCAAUCCUCCGGGGAUGGACAACCCGUCAGUGCUCUUACCGAACAAUCAGCCUCUGAUGCAGGUCCUGGGCUAGCCAGCGAGAUAAAUGCCACUAUCGCCACGCCCGAGUCGGGAAAAAAGCCAGACGACGAGGAUUGGCCGGCGAUCGAAUGGGAGGAGGGCCAUAAGCACGAGGACGAGCCUUCACAUGAAAGGAUCCCUGAACCUGAAAUCGUGGCUUCAAUGCCGGAAUCUGAAAUAAUCGAAGAAUUUGACGAGUCUGCCAUUCCGUCGGCCCUGCAAGAGGCUAGAUCGGAGACACAGCCGGGCUCUAUCAAAAGUCAGAGCGAGGGGCUUUCCACGUCUCACAGCAAGACAGGCGAGCAAAGGGCGAAGAGCAGGCGCAAGUCAGAUCAGUCCGUAGCGGCUGGACUUGAGGAUCAGCUGCCUGAUAAUGACCCAAGUCCCGUCCAGGAAGUGAGCAAUAGCGGGGCCCAGGGACUCCCACCGACGCCAGAGCAUCCUGAGAUUGAGACCGAGGCACCCAUUCGCACCACAACGCCUGGUGGCUCAAAAAUUGCCAGUUUAUUCCCUGAACUGGAGCGCGGAGGAUUUCGACGGUCGGCAUUGGACAAGGACCACUUGUCGCCAAAAGACGAAGCUCGAGAUGAGACCCUUCAAAAUUUACAAACAGGUCGCGACCUUGCGACCUCGGUCUCGGAGGCACCCCAGGCUAAAGACGAUGUAUCCCAAAGUCUUGUUCUUGACCCCAAACCCAUUUCGCAGAGUGAGAUGAAGGCGCCAUCGACUACGGUUCUUACCGACAAUGCGAAAGAGAAUACACAGGAAUCUACUCUUUUCCCAGAAACCGUGGCAUUGCAAGAUCGUGACAUCUCUAUGGAACCGUCACCCAUGCCGUCGACCGAAACUCCAAACACGCCCUCACUUCGACACUUGUUACCAUCCCAAAUGGAUCAAGGCCAAGAAUCCCCAUGUGAAUUACGGCGAACCCCUUCAGUGAUCCGUGGGCGACACCAACAGACUCCGCGAAUGUGGAACUUGGAAGAACAGACCAGCCCAGCUGCAAGCUCCUCUCCUCCUCGUUCACUAUUUGGACCGCACGAGGAAGCUCACGUCCGACCCCGGACUCCGCUGCAUCCCAUCGCGGAGCAGCCAGGGGACGGGCACUCGCCAUCUAUGGGUCGUGGAGGUACACCCCGUCUGGAAAUGAAGCCAGAGCACGUUCUGCCGCGGCCUCACACGCCCGUGCGAAAAUUCACGGACAAUGCGAUCGCACGGGAGACUUGGCCAACCCCCGAGAAGGAACGACUUGGGCCAUCUCAGAGCCUUGAUGACCUUUUGAAAGCCACUCAAAGCGGCGGUGAACCCGGUGCUGCACUAACCCAAACCCCCGAGCAGGGUAUGCCUGUGCUGAAGCCGAGCAGCAGCAAGGGUAAGUUGCGCCGCACCAACCGCAGCACAAGCAGCGAUCUGCCGGGCGCUAGUAAAGCGCUAGGCUCUUCCCAGCCUUCCCCCAGUCUCGAUCUCGACCAACUUCCCUCCUCUUCCUCCUACGACCCCGUCACCGAUAAGGGCAAACGUCCUUUGCGAAAUAUGUCGGAUGUCUAUGAGGGAUGGGGCGAGACUCCCAGCUCCCCGCGGUCGCCCAGCCGACCGCCGAGUGUGCGCCGACGGCGGAGUAUGCAACACCUCCAGGAAAUGGAGGCGCGUCUUGACCAGCUCAUCUCGGAGAAUCGCCUGCUCAUUUCUGCUCGGGAUGAAGCCGAAGACAAAUUACGCAAUGCCAGUGUCGCUCGUCGAAAGAGCGACCGGGCUCUUAAUUCCAGCGGCGCGGAUUUGCGGGACAAGGAAGCCGAAGUCGAACAACUGAAGAAUUCCGUCGAGUGGUUACAGCGGGAGAUGAGCCGACUGACGCAGGAAAAUGAAGGGUUGACUGCGUCCAAUGCGGCUCUUGCUGCCGCUCACGCCGAAGAGGUCAUCAAAGUCCGCGAGUCGUCCACCCGACAAUUGGACGAUUUGCGAUCGCAGCAUGACGCCUUGUCCGCCCAGAUGGAUGCCCGGGUAAGACAAGAGAUCGAAAGCGCCUUGGCCCAAAAGGACGCAGAGCUGCGACGUCUUCGCGAGGAGCUGGAGGAAGCUCGUGAUAAAGUGAAAGAGUUACAACAGCAGAUCGCCUCCUCCUUGCAGAGUGAUACCCUGGUGUUCCGCGACGAGGACUACUUCGAUGCCGCGUGCCAGAAGCUAUGUGGCCAUGUCCAGCAGUGGGUGCUCCGCUUCUCCAAGCAUUCUGAUCACCGUCGCUGCCGUGCUCUGAGCGAGCUACGCGAUGAGAAGAUUGCCGAUCGCUUCGACAACGCCCUACUCGACGGUUCUGACGCCGAUACCUACCUCUCCGAUCGUGUCCGUCGCCGUGAUGUAUUUAUGUCAGUCGUCAUGACCAUGGUGUGGGAGUACAUUUUCACUCGCUACCUAUUUGGCAUGGAUCGGGAGCAACGCCAAAAGCUCAAGUCACUCGAGAAGCAACUCAGCGAAGUGGGUCCUCGUCAUGCGGUCCAUCGCUGGCGUGCAACCACUUUGACCCUGCUCUCAAAGCGCCCGGCGUUCGCUGCCCAGCGUCAAAGCGACACUGAAACCGUCGCUCAAGAAAUUUUCAGUACCCUCUCUAGGGUGCUUCCACCCCCGUCACAGGUGGAAGCCCAACUCUUAGAGUCCCUUCGCAAGGUUCUCCGCGUUGCCGUCAAUCUCUCUCUCGAGAUGCGCACGCAGCUCGCGGAGUUCAUUAUGCUCCCCCCACUCCAGCCAGAGUACGAUACCAACGGGGACCUGGCUCGCCAAGUGUAUUUCAACGCGUCUCUGAUGAAUGAGCGCAGUGGCGAGACCACCUCCAAUGACGAACUUGAGGCUCAGCAAGCUGUUGUGCGCAUUGUGCUUUUCCCCCUAGUCGUCAAGAAGGGUAACGACGUCGGUGAAGGCGAUGAUGAAGUCGUCGUCUGCCCUGCGCAGGUCCUUAUCGCCCGUCCUGGCAAGGAGAAGCGUGUGUCCAAAAUGACGAGCGGUGAUCGCAUGUCGGUGGACGGUCGCUCGGUGUAUAGCGCUGCCCCGAGUAUGGCUCCUCCCUCAGUGAUGGAUAUGAGCAACGUGAUCUGA